AUGAGGAGAUUUUUGGUUGAUAGAGAAAAUAUUGAGAAUGUGAAUGUUAUGCAACUGGAAGCUAAAUUAGAACCACUGCUUAAUAAUGUGGUUAAUGAGUUUAAUCCAAAUGAGAUUGUGUAUGAUCCAGGUCGUAGGAAACAAUUUAGUGAGUAUGCUCUGGAUAUUCAAGACCAAGUGAGGAGGGCAUAUAUAUUGAAGGGUCCAAUGCAACCAGAUUUGUCAAGCUUUCCUCGUACUCAAUUUGGAAGUGUUAAAAGAGCAUUUUGUAAAUCAUGGUAUAAGAAUUAUACAUGGUUAGAAUACAGUGAGAUAAAAGAUGCAGCUUAUUGUUUUUAUUGUUUUCUAUUUAAGCAACCCGGGAGGGCCGAGCACUUUGGUUUUGAAGUCUUCACUAAAAGCGGAUAUAGAGAUUGGAAGCAUGCAUCUCAAGGCUUGAAAGGUCAUAUUGGUAGUCAUAAUAGUUUGCACAACUCAUGUGUCAAGCAUUACGAUGAUUAUAAUAAUCAAAGACAAAGUGUGACAAGUAAUUUUGCUAAAGAAACCAAGGAAUCAGAAGAACUGUAUAAGAUUCGUUUGACUUGUUCUUUAGAUUGUUCAAGAUAUCUCAUAGCACAAGGCAUGGAUUUCCGUGGCCAUGAUGAAUCCUCUACUUCGCUAAAUAAAGGUAAUUUUAGAGAGAUGGUAGAUUGGGUAAAAUCUCAUAAUGAACAAGUGAGGGAUGCUUUUGAUCGUGGUGGAAAAAAUUGCACAAUGACUUGCGGUGACAUUCAAAAAGAGCUUGCAACGUGUUGUGCACAUGAAGUUACCAAGGUGAUUAUGGAAGAGCUUGGUGAUAGACAAUUCUCCGUGCUUAUUGACGAGUCACGUGAUAUAUCUAUCAAAGAGAAAAUGGCGGUGAUGUUAAGGUUUUUGAACGACAAAGGGAGUGUGGUGGAACGAUUUAUUGCUUUACAUCAUAUUAAAGAUACUACAUCUGAGUCAUUAAAAAGUGCUCUUUAUGGUAUUCUUGAUAAUUGCUCAUCUAUUCAUGAUUUCUUUGAGUACAUCACCUUGAUUGUGAAUACAACAAGUGCAUCUUGUAAGAGGAGGGAUGCUUUGACAGAGGCACAACACCAAGAUAUUUUAAAUAAACUUGAGAGUUGUGAGAUAUCUAGAGGAAGGGGCUUGAACCAAUCAUCUUGUCUCACUAGACCCGGGAAUACUAGAUGGGGUUCACAUCAUACUACAUUGCUCCGUUUGGAUCAAAUGUGGUCCUCCGUGUUAAAGGUGCUUAGUAUGGAUGAAGAUGGACAUGGACCAUCAUAA